AGGCAGGAGGAUUGCUUGAGCCCAGGAGGUGGAAGCUGCAGUGAGCCAAGAUCACAGCACUGCACUCCAGCCUGGGUGACAGAACGAGACCCUGUCUCAAAAAGAAACUGCCAAACUAGUUCCUGGAGUGGCUAUACCAUUUUAUUUUGCUGUGAGCAAUACAUGAGUGCUCCAGUUUCUUCAUGUUUUCACCAGAAUUUGGUAUUAUUACUAUUUUAUAUUUUAGCCACUAUGAUAGGUAUAGUGAUGGCUCAUCAUGGUCUUAAUUUGCAUUUCCCUGGCACCUGAUGAUGUGGACCAUCUUUCCAUGUGCUUAUUACCAUCUGUAUAUUCUUUCUGGUAAAAUGUUUCUGCAUAUAUUUUACUCAUUUUCUAAAUGGCUUGUUUUCUUCUUCUUGUUUUUUGAGACAGGGUCUUGCUCUAUUGUCCAGGCUGCAGUGCAGUGGUGCGAUCACAGGUCACUGCAGCCUCCACGUCCCGGGUCAGGUGAUCCACCCACCUCAGCCUCCCGAGUAGCUGGGACCACAGGCAGCGGUCUCGGGCCCCGGGCCCGGCCAGAUGGUGGCACCGGUAUCCGGGUACAGCCUGGGCGUGCGGCGAGCUGAGAUCAAGCCCGGGGUGCGCGAGAUCCACCUGUGCAAGGACGAGCGCGGCAAGACCGGGCUGAGGCUGCGGAAGGUGGACCAGGGGCUCUUUGUGCAGUUGGUCCAGGCCAACACCCCUGCAUCCCUUGUGGGGCUGCGCUUUGGGGACCAGAUCCUGCAGAUUGACGGGCGUGACUGUGCCGGGUGGAGCUCACACAAAGCCCAUCAGGUGGUGAAGAAGGCAUCAGGCGAUAAGAUUGUCAUGGUGGUUCGGGACAGGCCAUUCCAGCGGACUGUCACCAUGCACAAGGACAGCAUGGGCCACGUCGGCUUCGUGAUCAAGAAGGGGAAGAUUGUCUCUCUGGUCAAAGGGAGUUCUGCGGCCCGCAACGGGCUCCUCACCAACCACUACGUGUGUGAGGUAGACGGGCAGAAUGUUAUCGGGCUGAAGGACAAAAAGAUCAUGGAGAUUCUGGCCACGGCUGGGAAUGUUGUCACCCUGACCAUCAUCCCCAGUGUGAUUUACGAGCACAUGGUCAAAAAGUUGUCUCCAAUCCUGCUCCACCACACCAUGGACCACUCCAUCCCAGAUGCCUGAAGCCACUGGAGGGCAGGGCAGGCAGGGGGGGUUUCCCGCCCUCCUGCAGCAAAGGGCAACCACCCUCGGAUGAUGGGUUGCAGCCGGCCUGCUGCUUAAGGUGGGGGCUGCCAUGAGGGGGGCGUGUCCAGGAGGGUGACCAUGGGAUGGCUUAUACACACAGGCCUCCUUGGAGCCUCAGACUCCAAGCUGGGCUGAGGCUCAGGCAGGGCCCACAGGCAGCCGAUUCUCUUGUGCUGAUUUAAAUGCUGGACACGGAGGCAGGCUGUUUAAACACUGCUUAAAGUCGCAACUGGGCCCCUUUCAAGAAAUUUUGCUCUACCAGGAAAACAGUUACACAUUUUAAGAGAACAGAGCUACGUUCUUUGUGAGAGCUUUUUCCUUGCCUUGACUUGCUCUUUGUCACAGACUGCAUAAGUUGUCAGCCUUGACUAUCUUUUGAAUAAAGAUUUGAUUUUAAACAAAA